UCCAGUCGUCACAAAACAUCCCGUUUCAGUAGAAUUGCAUACAAAGAAAACUCAUCAGCUGAAAAGCUGGUGUAUGAAUUUCAUAGUAAUGUCUUUCUAAAAUCAGGAUAAAUGAAAUUCAUUGUUUUAUUAUUUCAAAACACUUAUUGGAAUAAGUUCUGACUAUAUUAUUCUCUUUUUAACUGUGCCAAGAAUAGCUGCUGAAGUGAAACAUUGUAAAGUGAAAGUGUUGGAAUAAUCUGCCUAAGAAGACGAUCGCUAGAAAAUUUUGGAUUUUUCACAUAAACAACAAACAGUGGUGGAUGCCGACUGAUUCACAAUGAGCCAGGUGAGCACAGACGACUCAGACACGAUGGACGUCGAGCACGAGGACUCGGACCGAGUCACAUUCGACCUGUCCACCUCCAGUCAGACCGACACCAAGUCCCGACCCGAGGACAUCACCAAAGUGUGGAUGGACAAGUUCAAGGAGGGCAUUCUGACCGCAUCCCACUUCAAGGAACACUGGCGCUACUGGGUGCCCCAACUGUUCAACCCAGAACUCACCAAUCUCGGACAAGAAUGGAUGUUCGACGAACAGAAGUCACAAGCAAUUCUGUUCGACACCCUGGAACAGUUCAUCUGUGACGGGAACCCUCAGGAGGUGUUGACAAACCUGAGUCGACUAGACAAUCCGCCGUCGGUUUGUGGAAGGGUGUUCAAGAUGGGGGAACCUUCCUACCAUUGUCGAGAAUGUGGUAUGGAUGCCACCUGUGUUUUGUGUGUGGAUUGUUUCAAGAAGUCCUCCCACAGAAACCACAAGUACAAGAUGGGAACCUCCAUUGGUGGAGGGUGUUGUGAUUGUGGAGAUGUGGAAGCCUGGAAAACGGAGCCCUACUGUGAGGUACACAUCGCUGGUCUUAACAAGAAGUCAGAUUCCGCUGGAGGGUUUACUGAGGAUCUGGUAGCGAGAACCCGUAUAGUUUUCAGUUGCGUUUUACGUUACGCUUACCGGUUGUUGACCGUCGAGUACCAAACUAGCCUCCCCGCUGAUCUACGUCUCAAGGAAGCGGAUGAAAACCCGUUCCUGUUGGGGAACCUCGACAAACACUGCACUGUUCUCUACAAUGACGAGACACACACUUUCGAACAAGUCAUCAACACGCUGGCGCGUCUCAUUAAAUGCUCCCAGAAGGACGCGAUUGAGUUCGUGACGAACAUCGAUCGUGAGGGACGCGCCGUCGUCAAGUGCUCCACAUUUCAGUACUGCAAUGAACUCAAAUCCGAGAUUGAGCGGUUCACGUCGCGUCACGCCAGUCGACCUCUGAAAGUCCUAGUUGUGCACUCACAUCUAAUCGCCCACCAAUCCUACGCUCUACGUUUACUAACCUGGUUGCAGAAGGUGGUGAAUUUCUCGGAAGGUUUCCGCACGAUCUUUAAGGAGGUCGCCAUGGAGAUUAACUCACCCGACACUUCUAUCAUUGAGGGUAUCUUGUUGAGAGAUUCCACCCUCUGGAAAUCUGCACGUCUCCACUGGCAUCGUCUGUUCAUCUCGGGAAUGUUGAUGGAGUAUGAAAGCAAGAAAGCGUUCGCGAUUGUGUUCACCAAACACUACGCAAGUGUCAUGAAGGAUUUCAUCAGGGACGAUCAUGACCAUUCAUUCUCAGUUGCCUCAUUGGCUGUACAGAUUUUCACUGUACCCACCCUCGCUCAUUACCUCAUCGCCUACGAGAGUGUCCUCUACAAUCUAAUGAACACGUUCAUAUCGGAGUGUUCCAGAAAACUAAACAAAAACAACAAACUUGAGUUUGAACGGAAUGUGCAGAACGUACACUUCAAACGAGCUCAGUUUGUUUUGUAUGAUUUGAGAUACCUGUUGGGAGUAGCACCAGAGGUUUGGACUGAUGACCUCCGUAAAGGAUUCCUCCAUGCCUUCUCGUUGUUUCUGGAUUUGUUGACUUAUAUGCAAGGCAUGGACGCGGUUACCAGGCAGGUGGGACAACAUAUGGAGUACGAACCUGAAUGGGAAUCUGCCUUCAACUUGCAUAUUAAGUUGUCGCCAGUGAUCACGUUGAUGUUGAAGUGGUGCGGUAGUGACAAGGUGGUCCUAGUGAAGGCAUAUCGUGCAACUUUGAGGAAACUCUACGAGAACCCCAGUUUUGACCCCACCCAACCCUGUGAGGUCCGCGAGUUAGCCGACCAUAGUGCGUCCUGUCUCCAGUAUGAUGUCUCCUCACAACCUGUAUCAAUUCAUCUGCCGUUAUCGAGAUUCCUAGCUGGGUUACAUCUUCAUCUGGAACGUUUUGGUCUAGAAUUUGAUUCACCUGAGUUCAGCAUGUCAACUAAACAAACACCAGAGCAGAUAAUUGAACCUGUGUUGAGAACUCAGGUGAUGAUCGCUCAAGUCCAUGCUGGGAUGUGGCGGAGGAACGGGUACUCACUGUUGAACCAACUAUAUUUCUAUCACAAUGUUAAGUGUCGUUCUGAGAUGUUGGACAAGGAUAUAGUUUUGCUACAGAUUGGAGCGUUCCUAAUUGAAGCUAACGAGUUUCUGAUACAUCUGUUGAACAAGUUUAACCUGACCAACUGGGCUAACCCGCAGUUUGAGGUGAAUGCUAUGAAGAAUCCGGAGGAGGACAGUAUCCGGCAGACUAUCAGUUUGGUGGAGGAGUUUUUGAGGUUGUUGGUGACGAUCAUUGGGGAGAGGUAUAACCCUGGGGUGGGUAAGGUGCAGCCUGAUGAUUGCAUCAAGAAGGAGAUAAUACAGCAGUUGUGUAUCAAACCGUUGCCACAUUCGGAGCUCAACAAAACCUUGCCAGAUGAUGUGAACCAUGAAACAGGGUUGGAACGUGUGAUAAAUCAGGUGGCCGAGUUUAAAAAACCGACGGUAGCUUCGGGGAAAGGUGUGUACGAGCUGAAACCCGAGUUCUACGAUCAGUAUAACGUGUUUUUCUAUCACUACACCCGGGAAGAACUGUCGAAAUCCGAGGAGGAACAGAGGAAACGUCGCAAAGCAGCGGGUGAACUAGAGUGUUGUCCCCCACCUGCACUUCCUCCGCUAUCGGAUUCGUUCAGUGUGAUGGCGAAUCUGUUGCAGAGUGACGUCAUGCUUCACAUUAUGAACCUAGUGUUGACGAGGAGUGUGAACCUUAGAGCGAGGAGCUUCUCGGAGACACAGUUGCACAAGGUGUUGCAUCUGAUUGGAUACGCGUUGCAAGAGGAGGAACGCAACAGCUGUCAGUUUUUGACGUUCACGCUGCGUGCGGAGAAGUGGGAGUUGGAGCCGCUGAUUGAGGAGUUGUGCACUAGUCCCAGAGUGGAGGCUCACAAGGAUCUGUUGCAGUGGACGUUGGCCAAGUUCAGGAAGGUGGCAGCAGCUUGGCGCGAGACGUCGAAGGGCGGCCAGGAAGGGGGGAGCACUGAGGGGGUGCCGGGGACGAGCGAGGUGCCGUCUGGCUCGACAAGCACCUCGGGCGAUGUGGCUCGCGAGGAGAAGGAGUGGCGAGCCAAAAUGGCCGCCGAACGCAGAGCCAAGAUUAUGGCCCACAUGACUGCGCUGCAGAAGAGCUUCAUGAAGGAGCACGCUAAGGACUUUGAGAGUGCACGCACUCUGUCGGAGAAGAGUGUGAGUGAAUCACAGGAGCAGAUGGUGGUUGGAGCGGUGGCCUUGGAUGCGGAGAGGUCACCAGUCGCUUUGGGGCCCCACCAGACACCGCGUGUCAACACUGAACGCACCUACACUUGUAUACUGUGCCAGGAGGACCAAGCAGUGAUCCUGGACGGACCGGCGCUAGUGUUGGCCGCCUUUGUGCAGAAGUCAACUGUGCUCAGUCACAAACGGCAGAUGGGUGAGGGAGAUGAGGAGGAGAAGGACAUAGACAGCCAACCCAUGUUCCCCUCCUCCAAUCUGGGCCCGGCACCUCACACUAGCACCUGUGGACAUGUCAUGCACAGUCACUGUUGGCAACGGUACUUCGAGAAUGUGUUAGCCCGCGAGAACCGGCGGCCCUACCGCCUCCGUCACCCCACCAGCUUCGACGUGGAGAAGAACGAAUUCCUCUGUCCGCUGUGCGAAUGCCUCAACAACACAGUGUUGCCGCUCAUCCCGCCCCUGGGCACCUUCCAGCAGCCCACGCCCUCAGUCGAGGCCAACUUUGACAACUGGCUGCAGAGCAUACAGAUUGCACUGCGUCACAAGCAGAAACGCAGUCAUAAGGCCAAGUCGGUAAGUAAGGGGACAAGGUAUGUCGCUUGCCUUGUUUGGGCACGCAGUGUGCAUCAGUCCAGUGAAGGUGAAAACGACUCAGUCACCGACCUUUGGCUGUCAGACUCCGAGAUGGACUACGACGAGAGUGGAGAGGGGGAAGAGGGCUCGCUCCCCUCCACCCGCCACUACCCGAUGGGCGAGUCCGACUUUGUCAUGCAGCUGUACAUUCUGGCCGCACGAAACGGCAACAGCGCAGCGACGGCUAACGCAGCAGACGGCAACACCGCAGCUACGGCCCAGCCAGCAGCGCCCAUACUGAUGCUAUCCACUAGUCUGCUAGAGAUGAUUCAUCUGUUCUCGCAGGCUACUUACACCAAAGGCCUAGGCGUGAACCCGCACCAACUAGACUGCCGGGUCCCUCUGAUGGCGUGGCGUUCAUGCGCCUACACCAUCCACUCCCUCGAAUGGCUUCUACGCGACACCGACAAACCACUACUAGGCAAUCUCUCCUGCCGCAAGCAGGACUGCCUCGAGGCCCUAAUCCGAGUGUCCGCCAUCUUGGGGUCCACCUGGAAACAGGAGCAGGUCAUCAACUCACACGCACUCCGUCUAUUGUCGAUCAUCCUCGAAACACCUUCACAAAACUCUCAGGCGUCGAUCCUCGAUUGGGAUAGUUUUGGGAUGUUGGUGCUACUAACCAUGUCCAUGCCGAGUUUGUUUUAUACGGAACAACCGGUGCCUGUUCCAUUGGGGACCACCUUAGAGUUGUACACUCUGAAUUUGAUGUUGAUAGCCACGUUUGCGCAGAUAGUUGUCACUAGCGAUGUCCCCACAGAGGAGGCGAUGGAAGAGGAGGAGGAGGAAGAUGGAGAGGAAGACAGCACGGAGUGUUUGAAGGAGUUGUACAAGAUCCUGAGGGGGACGAGUGAAGUGGACACUAGGAGGCUAUGGAGGAUGAUGAAGGAUAAAUCUAUACCUUUCCUGCGGUGUUGUGCGUUGUUCUAUCAUUUCCUAACCGAUGUCCCGGCACCAGCUCCGCUGAAAACAUCAGGUGGCGACACUUUUGAAGCACUCUGUAGCUACCUAGGUUUGUCCCCCCUGUGCAAAGAUCUGAUCGCCCACGACAGUGUGACGUAUCUGGCGAAAAAAUGGGCCCAACACGACGAUGUGAAAGCGUUGGUUGUGGAACAGGGAACGGUGAACAAUGAACAAGGAACAAAUAAGGAACAGGUGGGACGGUUCAGGGAUUUGACCAGGAUUAAUCGGUUGGUGAAUCUGCCCGAGGACUACAGUGAACUGAUCAACACGGUGUCCAUGUUUAUAUGUCCGAACAGCGACCGAGAGGACUCGCGCAACCCGACCAUGUGUCUCGUGUGUGGAGAGAUGCUUUGUUCGCAGAGCUACUGUUGUCAGACGCAACUCAAGAACACGCUGGUCGGAGCAUGUACCAGCCACGCAUACAAAUGCGGCGCCGGGGCUUGUGUGUUUCUGCGCGUGCGCGAAUGCGAGGUGCUGCUAUUGGCCAGUCCGAACCGCGGCUGCUUUAUGACUCCGCCCUAUCUGGACGACUAUGGCGAAACGGACCAGGGUUUGCGGCGCGGCAAUCCGCUCAAACUGUGCCGCGAACGUUACCGCAAACUGCAGCUGUUGUGGUUGGGGCACGGUAUUCACGAGCAGAUCGCGCGCGCAAUAGAGGCCAGCACUAACCUUGUGUCGACGCAGUGGCAACAUCUCUAAAAAACUUAUGAUUCAAGAUGAUAAAAGACUCGUGAAUUAUGAUAUUGUAAGUGUGAAUAGGACCGUAAUAGUUGUGUUGAAAUGUGUAGGGAAGUAAAAGAAGGAUAUAUUACGAAAUAAAGAUACAAGUGUCGGUGAAAUAGAAUAUUGAAACUGUGAAUAGGACCGUGAUAAUUGUGUUGAAAUGUGUAGGGGAGUAAAAGAAGAAGAUUUUACGAAAUAAAGAUUCAAGUGUCGGUGAAAUAGGAUAUUAAAACUGUUAAUAGGACCGUAAUAAUUGUGUUGAAAUGUGUAGGGGAGUAAAAGAAGAAGAUUUUACGAAAUAAAGUUCAAGUGUCGGUGAAAUAGGAUAUUAAAACUGUUAAUAGGACCGUAAUAGUUGUGUUAAAAUGUGUAGGAGAGAAAAAAAAGGAUAUGUUACGAAAUAAAGAUUCGAGUGUCAGUGAAAUGGCAAUGGUAUCAAAGGAGAUAGGAGAGUAUCGAAUUAGGGACAGAUAACUAAUUGUGUUGAAAUGUGUAGGAGAUAAAUGUUCAUUCAAUUCUAGGAGAAUUGUAUGUCUAGGGCAAUUGAGGCAAGCACUACUAACCUUGUGUCGACGCAGUGACAACGUCUCUAAAAAAUUGAAGUUAUGAAGUCUAGCAUAUGCGAGGAAAAGCUGUGAAAUGAGAACGUGAAAGUUGAAAUGUGUAGUAGGGUAAAGUGAGAUAAAGGAGAGUAAAAGCCAUUGAGGUAAGCACUAACCUCUUGUCGACUCAGUGGCGACAUCUCUAGGUAGUUGAAGUGAAAUUGAAGACUCGGAAAACUGUGAAUAGAACCGUGAUAGCUAAUCUGAAAUGUGUAGGAGAGUAAAGGAGAAGUAUAGGACAGACAUAGACAGAAAUGUCUAGGAGAGUAAAGGAGAGAUAUGAGACAGAUAAUCAGGUUGUAAUGUCAAGGAGCAGGAGAGAAAUAGGACAGAUAGAGAUGGAGACAGAGAUAGGACAGAUUAGGUAAAUGUCUAACUACUCUUCAAUGUUUGAACUACAUAACUACAGAUAACAACGUUGAAAUAUCAAGGAGAUUGUGGGAGAGAAAAUAGGAAAUUUGAAAUAUUUAAGAGAGUAUUUAAUUCUAUGAGAGUAAAAGGAGAAAUGAUAUCUAUGUUGAAAUGUGUAAGAGAGAAUUCAGUUCUAACAGUGGCACUGUAGAAACGUUUUCCAAAUAGGACUGAAAAAGAUUAGCAUCUGUGAGGUAAGUGUCGGAAAAAUAAUUGUGAUAAGAUAGGUCAGAUACGUUAAAAUAUUGGGGAGAUUUUAGGAGAGCAAUAGGACAGGUAACCAUGUUGAAAUGUCUAAUUCUAGGAGAGUAUCUCAGUGGUCCAGAGAGUACUUUGAAAUCUACAGGAGAAUAAAAGAAAGAUUUAAGCUUCAUGAUAGUAAAAGAUAAUAAAAAGAGUAGUUCAGUCGCGGUGUAUGAAUC